AUGCCACCCCGCGCGGCCCUCUUCGCCCGGCCGCUGGCGCGCGCCCAAUGGACAUGUCAGACAUGCCUCCAGCGGCCCGUCGUCUCGCAACGCCCUCGAUUCGUCCACGCGACAGCGCCCCGUCUCUCCGACAGCGCGCCGAACCACUACGAAACGCUGCAAGUCGCACCCAGCGCCGACGCAAAGGAGAUCAAGCGGCAGUUCUACGCGCUGUCUAAGAAGAACCAUCCAGACCACAACAAGGACGAUCCUGCCGCUUCGACGCGCUUCGUGGCCAUCAGCGAGGCCUACCACACCCUGUCUGUGCCCGAGAAGCGCGCUCAGUACGAUGCGCAAUUGCAUCAGCAGGAGCGUAGGUCUGGAUGGGGACGGGGCGCAGGUGGCGGACACCCUCCCGGCAGCUAUAGCUCGUCGAGCUACGCUGGGUCCAGGCCGGCCACUGGCCUGAACAAGAAGAGAGGCACCUUUCGCGGGCCGCCGCCGAGUUUCUACAACAGCGGUGGCUACGGAAGGCACGGCGCGAAGAGAGCCGAGUACGCCCAACACAACCCGAAUCCUGACGGCCAGGAAGCUGGUCCCGAGGGCUACGGCGAACAAGGUGGCUAUGGGCCUGGACAGCAGCGUCAAGGGUCAGGAGUACCCCACUUCGACGAUGUCCGGCACAAGCAGGCCCACGAAAAGGUCACUGAGCACAUACUGAAGAGGCGGCGGCGGUCGAUGCUGUACCGGAGAGACCAAGAAUAUGCUAGAGGUGGUUCCCACUUGACUAGAUUUCUGGUUGUUGCAAGCAUCAUUGCCUCCAUAGGUGCAGGCCUUAAAGUAGCAAACGACAAGCAGGAGGCCGCCAGGCACAAAGCUAUGUCAUAG